GAUAAUAGUAGUGUCCGAAGGUCGGGAUAGGGUGGCACUGGAAGACAGCUGCUCAUAAUUGAGACAUCAGAGUCAAUAUACCGGUCUAGGCUAACAGAGAGACAGGACGUAAUAUGGGACACAGCGAAGCGUGAAGCUUUAGGCUACAUUCACACGGGACGAACGAGAUACGAGCGACAGGAAGGAUGUAUGCGCGAGUCGUCUACGUGCUGCAGGCGCGUCUUCCCCGUGGCCAAAAUUCCCGAGGAACUUCACUGGCAUGAGAUUCCGCACGCGCCGCCAUCACGCACGACGAUCAAGCCCCCGCACGCACGAAGAGCCUCAAUUCUGGAAGACCUCAGUCAACGAUGGGAAAGGAUAUCAAGGGUGCGGACAAACUUUAGCAGUCUUCGAAUCGAGGAAUUCGGAAAUCCACGAAGCCACCAAGGAAUGAAGGUUGGAAGGUACCCAAUGCAAGAACGACUGUGUCGGAGGAAGGUCGGAACUCGUCGCAGGAAGCGCCAGCUUUUUUUUUAUUACCUCCUUUAUCCCAUCUCGUGACAAACUUUUGAUUGAAUUCCGAGAAAGUCUUGAUGAUUGAUUUGAAGUCCUGAGGAAACGAGGCUGUAUAGCCGUGUGUGGCACUAUUAAUUUCACUUCCUGUAUCUUGCGCUUUAACGGGAAUCAGCGGUGGAAGUUUUCGCGAGUUGGUAACUUCCUGUUCAAAGUGUCCCGGAAGUGACGCGACGGAACGUGGAGAAGCAGACGGCGACCAGAGGAAGGAGAAAGAAUAUGAACGGGAGAAAAAAGUAGGAGACAUGUCACGGGGAAUAAAUGGACGCAGCAUCAAGUUCUUCGGAGGCAGGACUGUGGCGCAGUGCUUGCUACGUCUACGGACUCCGCGCUGAAGCACCAAACCUAGUUAGCGAAACACGUACGCGCAGGACGCUCCGGUAUCUCGCCCAGCGAGCGGAACGCCGUGAAUCGGGAAGCAAGUUUUGGAACAACAACGGCAAGUGCACGCGUCGACGAUAAUUACAAAAAUAAACGUGAGGGAAGGGAGAAUCCACGGGGUUCCUUGGAGUCACUAUGGGUGCACAUACGUUUAACAUGUGCUACCGUAAUAGGAGACUUUUUCUUCUCGCUCUCAUAAGGAC